AUGCCGAUCGACACACGACCCAAAAUGAGUGAUGCUAUACCGCAUAUAAACAUCGGUCGUGAAUAUCAGGCUCGAGUACGGAAAUGGAACGAUAGAAAGAUCCAUGCCUCCGAACUCGAAGCCAUCGAAGAUCGAGAUGAGAUUGUGUUUUCUUCGGACAUCUUGCGAGACAUAGAAAAGGAUCAAAUCGAAGCUUUCGAAUUGUUGGCAUGCAGUCAAGCAAUCCCUCGGCCCGGAAGGAAUAAGGAGCUCGCCCUCCACCUUCUCAUGGAAAACAAGGGCAAUAUCGAAGCGGCCGUGGCUGACCUUCUUCGAUCAGACACUCUCGACUGGGAGCAGUAUCAAAUCAUCUACGGUUCCUCUUAUCUGGACAGUACUUUAUGGACUCCAGAAGAAGUGAAUGCAUUCCAAGAUGCUAUC